UUUUCCCAUCCGCUUGGUGAUAAGAGUGGUGAGGAAAGAUCAACGACGCUUGGGCAUUUUCUCUUUUGUUUUGUCUCUAGAUCUUUGUUCUUCCAUAGUCGUUGCCGCACUCCAAAGGGAGAGCGAAAAAGAAACAAUCAACUACCGAAUAUAUUCUCCCGACGGAGGCUCGAGGAAGUUGACCUCCCAUCUCUCUCAUCACAUCAUUUCACACUCUUCACACCAUGUCAACCCCAAAGAGAAGAACCGCCGCCAAGCUGGCUACCCCAGUCGUCAAGCCGGAUGCGAGAAGGGCAACCAGAAACACAAUUGACGAAUCCAGAACGACCGUGGCUGGAACUGAUGCCCUGCGGAGCUCCCAGGUCGAGACGAUAGAGAUCUCGUCCGAUGCCGACAGCGACGAAGACCUUUCUGACGUCGACGACGCCAACAACGAGGCUGAGCAGAACCCAGAGUCAAAGCCUUUGGCCAAUGGCCAGCAGAAGCCCAAAAAGGACGACGCAGACGACGCAGAAUCAGAUGCUGAGGGGACAUCGCCCUCGUUUGGCGAGCUGCUGCGCGGCAGCGAGGCCAUCGACGUUACCGCCAUGCUGCAGCAGUCUUCCACAGACACAAACGCCGUUGUCCAGGCGUCGCGGAAUGCCAUCGCCCCUCCUACCCACCAGUCCCUCACAACCGUCCUCACCCAAGCCCUGAAAACCGACGACACAGACCUUCUCGAGUCCUGCCUGCACACGACCGACAUCCCCACCAUCCGAAACACAAUCGAGCGCAUCGACAGCUCCCUGGCCGGCAUCCUGCUCAACAAGCUGGCCGCCCGGCUACACAGACGGCCUGGCCGUGCCGGCACCCUCAUGACGUGGGUGCAGUGGACGCUGGUCGCUCACGGCGGUGCCCUGGCGGCGCAGCCCAAGCUCCUGCACGACCUCAACAGCCUGCAAAAGGUGCUGGCCGAGCGAGCAAAGGGCCUCAACAGCCUGCUCGCCCUCAAGGGCAAGCUGGACAUUCUCGAGGGUCAGAUGGAGCUGCGGAGGAAGAUGCAGCGGAGCGCCGGCCUUCUCGGCGAGGGCGACGAAGACGCUGACGAAGAGGACGUCAUCUACGUCGAGGGCGAGGAGCGCGACGCCGAGCAGAAGGAUGCCGCCAACGGAGUGCGCUCCCGCAGAAGAGGCAAGGGCGGCGCCGACGCGGACGAGGACGACGAUGACGAGGACCGCGUUCUGAAUGGCUUCAUUGGUGACUCGGAGGACGAGGAGGAGGGCUCUGAGCAGGGCGAGGACGAGAGCGACGACGGCGAGGAGCCCCUGGAUGAGGACGAGGUCAACUAUGACGACGUAGACGAGUCCAUGGGCGAGGACGACGAGAGCGACGUCGAGGUUGCGCCGCCGACAAAGGUGCAGAAGGUGUCAAAGGGGUUUGGGAAGAAGAAAUGAGAGAGAGCAAGAGAGCACGGGGGGCCUAAAGUGUAACAAAGAAAAAAUGAGAGCUGUGUGUGAAAAGAAAAAAGCAAAGCUGGGUGCAAGAGGCAUAGCAUUCUGAGGUCCUCAUUCUGGGCGUUUGGUAACUACUUAAUAUGUUUUGUCAAAGAGGUAGAUGUGGAUAUUGUACUUUGAUUCUCUUCG